GGCCAGAUUGGUCAAAAGCUGAUAGCACAUAUUCGCAAAACAAGGAAAGUUCACUACAAAUUAAGUUUUGAUUUAAUUACGGAGUCUUUGGGUCAGUGUCCAGAACAUGGAGUACAAUCGCCAGCCGUGUCCCAUCAGGAUUGUAGAGGAUUGCGGGUGCGCCUUUAUGAUGGGCACCAUGGGAGGAUCGUUGUUCCAGUACCUGAAGGGAUUCCGAAACGCUCCGUCCGGUCUUCGACGUGGCUUGUACGGCGGUAUAGAAUCGGUGAGGUUGCGGACACCGGCCAUAGCCGGCAGCUUUGCCAUUUGGGGCGCCACCUUCAGCACGGUAGACUGCGUCAUGGUCUCGUACCGCCAGAGGGAGGAUUCCUGGAACGCGAUUGUUAGCGGAGCGGCCACUGGCGGGAUUUUAGCCGCCCGGAAUGGAAUUCGAGCCAUGGCCAACAGUGCCUUUGUGGGCUGCCUUGUUUUGGCCAUGCUCGAGGGAGCUGGAGCAGCAGUGGCCACGAUUCAUGCAUCGGAUGGAGGAGUCAAAGCAGAGGAGGGCCUAAUCACUGUUGACCAGCAAAUGCAGAGACCCCAGUGGGAGACAGCCGUUGCUGAUUCGAACCUAACUGGGGCGGAGUUCGAGCGGGUGUUGGAUGAAUGUCGGGCAUACAGGGCACACAACAAGAUGCAGCAGCCCAUGCGUUCGGAUGCAGUGGAGGGUAAGGGACUGGGGCAACUGAUGAAGCCAAUUCGCUCGUUGGUCGAUCUGGUAAAGCUGGCCGAAAUCGUCUGAUAGUUUACGCAGAAAGGCUUCUGUUUUGAGUCAACCACCCAUGCUUCUUCCAAAUUAAGUGUUACUUCGAUAUUCAGCGUUAAUCUUAUAUUAUUUUUUAAAGCCCAGUAGGUACUCGGUAUGAUUUUAUAUCUCAUGGAGAAUAUUUUCCAUCUUCAAUAAAAGAUCAGCUGGUAUUUGAUUGCA